GAUGGACUGAGCAUCUGACUCAGUAGAAGGAACCUUCCUGACCAAUUAAGCCAGAGGGCUUGAAUUCAUUUUGGGAGGAAGCUGCAGCCCCGUGGGUUUGAAUGCAGGAAGUCCCAGUUUCCGUCCUUGGCAUCCCAGGGCUGUGUCAAUGAUUGUGAAAAAAAACACACACCCCAGCAGGAGGAAGAGGGGAAGCGGCUGGCUGGCUAGCUUGUAACAACUGCUACCCCCCCGCCCCCCAGCAUGGCUGCCACGGGGGUCCUUCCCUUCAUCAGGGGCGUGGAUCUCAGUGGGAACGACUUCAAGGGCGGCUAUUUUCCGGAGCAUGUCAAAUCUAUGACCAGCUUGCGAUGGCUGAAGUUGAACAGGACUGGCCUCUGCUACCUGCCGGAGGAGCUGUCGGCCCUCCAGAAGUUGGAGCAUCUCUCUGUGAACCACAACAGCCUAACCACUCUCCAUGGAGAACUAUCCGGCCUCCCCUGCCUCCGGGCUAUUGUUGCUCGGGCCAAUUGCUUGAAGAACUCUGGGGUCCCUGAUGACAUUUUCCAACUCGAAGACCUCUCGGUGCUAGACCUGAGCUACAACCAACUGACCGAGUGUCCUCGAGAGCUUGAGAACGCCAAGAACAUGCUGGUACUCAACCUGAAGAACAACAAGAUCGACAGCAUCCCCAACCAGCUGUUCAUCAACCUGACGGACCUGCUCUACCUGGACCUGAGCGACAACAAGCUGGAGAGCCUCCCCCCGCAGAUGAGGCGCCUGGUGCACCUCCAGACCUUGAUCCUGAAUAACAAUCCACUCCUGCAUGCCCAGCUCAGGCAACUCCCAGCAAUGACCGCCUUGCAGACGCUGCACCUGCGGAACACCCAACGGACGCAGAGCAACCUCCCUACCAGCCUGGAGGGGCUAUCAAAUCUUUCAGAUGUGGAUUUCUCCUGCAACGACCUGAGCCGGAUCCCCGAGUGCCUCUACACCUUAGCCAACCUGCGUCGCCUCAACCUGAGCAGCAACCAGAUUGCAGAACUCUCCCUCUGCAUCGACCAGUGGACCCAGUUAGAGACCCUCAACCUGUCCCGGAAUCAGCUCACCUCCCUGCCUUCAGCCAUCUGCAAACUCACCAAGCUGAAGAAGCUCUAUCUGAACUCCAACAAGGUGGACUUUGACGGCAUUCCCUCGGGUAUUGGGAAACUGGUCCGCCUGGAGGAGUUCAUGGCUGCCAACAACAACCUAGAACUCAUCCCAGAGAGCCUGUGCAGGUGUGCCAAGCUGAAGAAGCUGGUGUUGAACAAGAACCGCUUGGUCACUUUGCCAGAAGCCGUGCACUUUCUGACUGAGAUUGAGAUCCUAGAUGUCCGUGAGAACCCCAACCUCGUGAUGCCCCCCAAGCCUGUGGACAGAACCUCAGAGUGGUACAACAUCGACUUCUCCCUGCAGAACCAGCUGCGGCUGGCCGGAGCCUCUCCUGCAACUGUGGCAGCAGCAGCUGCAGGAAGCAGCCCAAAGGACCCCAUGGCACGGAAGAUGCGGUUACGGAGACGCAAGGACUCUGCGCAGGAUGACCAGGCCAAGCAGGUGCUGAAGGGGAUGUCCGAUGUGGCGCAGGAGAAGAACAAGAAGAUGGAGGAGAAUGGGGACAUGAAAUACACAGACCUGAAGACACGUCGGUGGGAUCAAAGCUUGGAGAAGCCGCAGCUCAACUACUCAGAGUUCUUCACGGAGGACGUGGGCCAGCUCCCUGGCGUCUCCGUCUGGCAGAUUGAGAAUUUUGUGCCCAUCCUGCUGGACGAGACCUUUCAUGGGAAGUUCUACGAGGCAGACUGCUACAUCGUGUUGAAGACUCUUCUAGAUGAUAAUGGUUCCUUGAACUGGGAGAUCUAUUAUUGGAUUGGCCAGGAGUCCUCGCUUGACAAGAAGGCCUGUUCAGCCAUCCAUGCUGUCAACCUGCGGAACUACCUGGGGGCUGAGUGCCGCACCAUCCGGGAAGAGAUGGGCGACGAAAGUGACGAGUUCAGCCAGGUCUUUGAUCACGAAAUCUCCUACAUUGAAGGGGGCACAUCCAGUGGCUUCUUCACAGUGGAGGACACUCACUAUAUUUCCAGGCUCUACCGUGUCUAUGGCAAGAAGAACAUAAAGCUGGAACCAGUACCGCUGAAGGCAGCUUCUCUGGACCCACGGUUUGUCUUCCUCCUGGACCAUGGCCUUGAGAUCUACAUCUGGAGGGGAAGCCAGGCCACUCUGAGCGGGACCACCAAAGCCAGGCUCUUUGCUGAGAAGAUCAACAAGAACGAGAGGAAGGGCAAAGCGGAGAUCUUGCUGCUCAGCCAGACGCAGGAAACUCCGGAGUUCUGGGACGUCCUUGGAGGCCAGCCAGAGGAGAUCAAGGCCAAUGUCCCAGAUGACUUCCGGCCACCCAGACCCAAACUCUACAAGGUUGGCUUGGGUUUGGGCUACCUGGAACUCCCCCAGAUCAACUAUAAACUCUCUGUGGAACAUAAGAAGAGACCAAAGGUGGAUUUGCUGCCAGAGAUGAGACUGCUGCAGAGCCUGCUGGACACCAAGUCUGUCUACAUUCUGGACUGCUGGUCUGAUGUCUUCAUCUGGAUCGGCCGGAAAUCCCCACGCCUGGUCCGGGCGGCUGCCCUUAAGCUGGGCCAGGAGCUUUGUGUCAUGCUGCACCGCCCCAAACAUGCCAUGGUCAUCCGCAACUUGGAGGGCACCGAGUGCCAGGUCUUCAAGUCCAAGUUCAAGAACUGGGACGAUGUGCUGAAGGUGGACUACACCCGCAAUGCAGAGUCAGUCCAGCAGACAGGUGGCCUCUCGGGCAAAGUGCAGAAAGACGCUGAGAAAAGGGACCAGAUGAAGGCGGACCUGACGGCCCUUUUCCUGCCCCGCCAACCUCCCAUGCCGCUGACUGAGGCAGAGCAGCUUAUGGAAGAAUGGAAUGAAGACCUGGACGGCAUGGAAGGCUUCGUCCUGGAGAGCAAGAAGUUCACCCGCCUGCCUGAGGAGGAAUUUGGGCAUUUCCACACCCAGGAUUGCUAUGUCUUCCUCUGCCGAUACUGGGUGCCCAUGGAGUGCGAGGAAGAUGAGGAGAAGAAGAAGAAGAAGAGUGGAGCCAAGGGGGCUGACCAGGAGGUGGGGCAGGAGGACGACCAAGAAGACGAGGAGGAGGAGGAGGAGGAGGAAGAGGAGAAGCAGCCCGAGGAAGACUUCCAGUGUGUCGUGUAUUUCUGGCAGGGCCGGGAGGCCUCCAACAUGGGUUGGCUGACCUUCACCUUCAGCCUCCAGAAGAAAUUUGAGAGUCUGUUUCCCGGCAAGCUGGAGGUUGUGCGCAUGACGCAGCAACAGGAGAAUCCCAAGUUCCUCUCCCACUUCAAGAGGAAAUUCAUCAUCCACAAGGGCAAAAGGAAGUCCAAGGAAAACGACCUCCAGCCUAGCCUCUACCACAUCCGCACCAACGGCAGCGCCCUCUGCACCCGGUGCAUCCAGAUCAGCACAGACUCUGGUCUUCUCAACUCAGAGUUCUGCUUCAUUUUGAAGGUCCCCUUUGAAAGCACAGAUAACCAGGGCAUUGUCUAUACCUGGGUGGGGCGGGCUGCGGACCCUGAUGAGGCUAAGUUGGCAGAGGACAUCAUGAACCACAUGUUUGACGACUCUUACAGCAAGCAGGUGAUAAACGAGGGGGAGGAACCCGAGAACUUCUUUUGGGUCGGCAUCGGAGUUCAGAAGCCAUACGAUGGAGAUGCUGACUACAUGAAAUAUUCUCGCCUCUUCAGGUGCUCCAACGAGAAAGGCUAUUUUGCUGUGUCAGAAAAGUGCUCUGACUUCUGCCAGGAUGACUUGGCGGAUGACGACAUCAUGUUGCUGGACAAUGGGCAGGAGGUGUACAUGUGGGUAGGAACACAGACCAGCCAGGUGGAGAUCAAGCUGAGUCUCAAGGCCUGCCAGGUGUACCUUCAGCACAUGCGCUCCAAAGAAACGGCACGUCCUCGGAAACUCCGCCUGGUCCGGAAAGGUAAUGAGCCGCCAGCCUUCACCCGCUGCUUCCACGCCUGGAGCGCUUUCCGGAAACCUCUAGUGUAACCCAGUUGGCACCGCUUGACGGCAUCAUGAGCAGGACUCCCGGAAUGAAUGGACUUGCUCUUCUCCCAGCAGCCAAGCCGGGGUUGUCCCUUAGACAGCCACACCUUUCUCAAAGCAACAGAUUGGUCAAUGUAUAACUGGAAGAGGUGGAGCUAGCAUUGGCUCCUCCCUUCUUAAAGGGGACAGCUGCAGUCUCCCUCCCUUCCUCCAGCAAAAAGCCAAAUAUCCCUCCUUGCACUGUGCUCUCCUUUUGUAAAAGGAGAUAAGUCUGCAUCUCUGUUCUCAGAAAUGUUAGAAUUGGACUCGUCCCGUAGUCCAAAGGUCGUAGAAUUGCAGUAUACAGUUCUUUUCCCACUUGCAGCUGACUUUUUAAACUUCUUUUUUUUAAAAAAGCACACCACUCAGCUUCUAUGCAGCACCUGAGCGCACAGCAUGCUGGGAGCAGAAAUGACCGGUCCCGUGUUCAGCUAGCAAACUUCCCAUAGCAGUUGCACUGUUCUUCACAAAAUAAGUUUCUCUUCCUGUAUUUAAAUCCACUUUUGGGUAGGAAGCUUGUUUACUUAGGGGUGCAAUAAAGUGAUGGGAAACACAUUUUCUUAACUUUAAAACAAUAAAGCUCAGUUCAUUUGCUGUUAGUCCUCAGGGAGGGGAAAUGGAUUCUUUGCUGUAUAAGAUUUUAUAAGGGCUAUAUAACCUUGCCUUCUGGUACAUUAUUCCUGGCAGCAGUAUGGGGGAAACAACUGUACCUUCCUAACAUGGGUUGCGGCAUUUGAUUUUACACAGGCUGAGGGCAGCUUUAUAUCUAUUAAAUGACUUUUAGUCUCAA